AUGGCAUCGAUAGUAUUUGUGUUCAUGAUCCUAACCAUUUUUUCCAUGGGUCUAAAAGUCUCUCAAGCCACAUCUCGUGUCUCUUUCCACGAGCCAGUGCUUGCUGACCACCACCAGCAAUGGAUGAGUCGAUUCUCUCGAGUUUAUAACGACGAGCUCGAGAAACAAAUGAGAUUCGAUGUGUUCAAGAAAAACUUAAAAUACAUUGAGAACUUUAAUAAGAAGGGGAAUAGAACCUACAAGCUUGGUGUCAACGAGUUCGCGGAUUGGACAGAAGAGGAGUUCAUUACCACACACACUGGUCUCAAGGGCAUUAAAAGAAUUUCACCCUCUGAGUUUGUCGAUGAAAUGAUACCGUCUUGGAAUUGGAACGUCAGUAAUGUCGCUCGUGAGACCAAAGAUUGGAGAUACGAAGGAGCCGUAACACCUGUUAAAUACCAAGGCCAAUGCGGAUGUUGUUGGGCGUUCUCAGCCGUCGCAGCGGUGGAAGGUGUGACUAAGAUUGCACGAGGCAACCUCGUAUCAUUAUCUGAACAACAACUUGUAGAUUGCGACAGAGUGGAUAAGGGUUGUGGAGGCGGGAUGAUGUCAGACGCUUUCGACUACAUUAUCCAAAAUCGAGGCAUUGCUUCAGAGCAAGCGUACCCUUACCAAGCGACAGAGAGAAGAUGCCAGUUCAAUGCGAGACCCGCUGCAUCGAUCAGAGGCUUCCAGACCGUUCCAACCAACAACGAGCGCGCAUUGCUCGAAGCUGUAUCGAGACAGCCUGUCUCGGUGUCCAUUGACGCAGAUGGACCCGGUUUCAUGCAUUACUCAGGUGGAGUGUACGAUGAGCCAUACUGUGGGACAAGCGUGAACCAUGCAGUGACGUUCGUUGGGUACGGGACGAGCCCGGAAGGGAUCAAGUAUUGGCUGGCUAAGAACUCUUGGGGUGAGAGUUGGGGAGAGAAUGGUUACAUUAGGAUCCGUAGAGAUGUGGAGUGGCCUCAAGGCAUGUGUGGUGUGGCUCAGUAUGCAUUUUAUCCGGUUGCAUAA